AUGCUGAGCGCGGGCGCGGGCCGCUACGUGCGCGGGGCGCGCGGGGCUGCGCUCGGGUGCGCUCCUGGGCGCUCGCCGCCGCCGCCGCCGUGCCUUUGAGUCAGCAAACUCCGCCGCCUGCCAGCCCGCUCGCUUGGCCCUGCCGGGAGGAACAGUCUAUUUUGAAGAAAAAAGUUCCAAGAAUUCAGCCAGUGGUCACACUUAACUUUUAUUGCACACUUGAUUGAUUAUAUCCUGUGCUGAAGAUGUUUCCCGAACAGCAGAAAGAGGAAUUUGUAAGCGUCUGGGUUCGAGAUCCUCGGAUUCAGAAGGAGGACUUUUGGCAUUCUUAUAUUGACUAUGAGAUAUGUAUUCAUACCAACAGCAUGUGUUUUACAAUGAAAACAUCCUGUGUGCGAAGAAGAUACAGAGAAUUCGUGUGGCUGAGGCAGAGACUCCAAAAUAAUGCAUUGCUGGUGCAACUGCCAGAACUUCCAUCUAAAAACCUGUUUUUCAACAUGAAUAAUCGCCAGCAUGUAGAUCAGCGUCGUCAGGGGUUAGAAGAUUUCCUCAGAAAGGUUCUGCAGAACGCGCUGCUGCUCUCAGACAGCUGCCUUCACCUAUUCCUACAGAGCCAUUUGAAUUCCGAAGACAUUGAGGCCUGCGUCUCCGGGCAGACUAAGUACUCUGUGGAAGACGCCAUUCACAAGUUUGCCUUGAUGAACAGACGUUUCCCUGAAGAAGAUGAAGAAGGAAAAAAAGAAAAUGAUAUAGAUUAUGAUUCAGAAAGUUCAUCCUCUGGGCUUGGACAUAGUAGUGAUGACAGCAGUUCACACGGAUGUAAAAUGAGCACGGCUCCACAGGAAUCCUGAAAAAUAAUUCUAACGUUACCAUCUUAGGAAUAGUGAAUUAUGUCCAGUCAUGGAGAAGAAAGCUCGCUAAUAAUAGAUUCUUACCUAAAGCUCACUGUCAUGAUAUUAGGUAUUUAAAUUCUUAAAGGCGCUGGGUUGUUUAUUAGUGGUAUUUUUAUGUUGUCUUAUUUUGGAUAAGCUUCUGUAAAAAGCUAAAGGCCUGUGAAUGCAGCUUUCCUUUAUAGGCACACAUUAUCAGUAAAACAAGACCCUGCCCUGAAAUGCAGUGACAUACUCGUUUAGAAACACCGAGUUGGGUUUACUGAUAGGUAAAUAGGCAGCACUGAAAAUCCAGACAGAGCGUUCCUUCCCGUGUCGGUGGGACAGUGUUAGCAUAAACCCAGCUUGGAUGGUCUGAGCCAGUAUGAAGACUGAUGGCAGAGACCAGACCGCCUCUUUCAGACAUGUGGCUGAUGUUUCGGAGGCACCUCCCCUGCCCUGGGAAAACCCUUCGCUUUCAGAUGUUUGACUGAAAUAUCUUAAGAAGCCUCACCUUUCCAGUAUCUUAUUUCACAUGUAGAUGGAAAACAUACCUUACGACUAGAGACAUGGUAAAAUAACGUUUAUGUCUUAUAUGAAAACAGAAAUCGUGUGCGUCAUUUUUUGCUUAUAUUUGCAAUCUAGAGAUUCAGAAAUACAGUUUCAUUGUUCAGAUUCAGCUGUAACACAUGGUUUUCUGGAAACGGGGACUGUGUUGUCAUUACCCAGUGUAACUAGGAUUACAGGUUAACUAUUUUCUGACUAAAUGUGCAGUGUCUUAUCACUAAGUAACUUUCAGCGUCAGUGGUGGUUACGUGUUACUUAUUUUUAAGUUAGAAGCGGGAUCUUCUAAAAAUUACUACAUUUCAUGUUAUCAGUAAACAUCCCCAGCAUUUAGAAAAAAAGAAUAUCAACUUGGUAAUUUAAGAAUGACUCAUAUUUAAAGAGCCUUUCCUUUAAGGCAUCUGGCCGGGGACUGGUGUAAUUUAAUAAAAUGUCUUGUGUUUUAGUGGCCCAGAGAUAAAAUGUCUUAGAUAAACUACAUUGAACUUCAAAUGUGAGAUGACGCAGCGUUUUCUUGAGAUAAUUAUCCAAGUUUCUUCUUUGUUGAAUGCCAUGAAGUAUCCCUCAAACUACCCGGAAGCCAUUUUCACGUAACUUGUUGCUUUAAUUAAAUGUUACCUCGCCUCAUUUUAUUUCACCUGGGAGUUUACAAGUUAACCGUAUUCUGAAAGAGUCUUUGAAGUGCUCGUAACUGAGAACAGAAAAAAAAUUAAAUUUAGAAUAAGAAUGACUUCCUUAAGUUUUCCUUUUUGUUUUUGUUUGGUCUAAAGCAGUAUUGAACUUUUGUAAAUAUUUUGAUUUACUGUAUCUUGGAUCUUGUUAUUUUAUCAUCUAAGACUCAUCUUCAUACAGGAGAAAGAGACUGAGCAAUUUCGUUUUAUCUUGCUAACCUUUAAAGUUUGCCAUCUCGUCAUUUAAGAGCGACCCUUAGCUUGUUCAGCAGUAUGUACUUGAAUUCACAUUAUUUCCGUUUUACAGCAGUUUUGAAGAGCAUGUAAUGUGCCACCAGUUGUCAUAUUAUUUUUUAGAUGAUGUAACAUAGCCAUUACUGAUAUUAAGUGAUGCCUAAUACUGUGGUAUAUAACCUUCACAAGAUCAUUGUUUUCACAUUAAACGUGAAAUAAUUAA